AUGGACCUUGCUUCACGGAAGCUUCUGAGUCAGUUAGCUGCUAAGGCCCCUCACAUCCCCAUGUAUGCUCUGAUGGACCUUGAUCCCGACGGUAUCGCCAUACUAUCGACGUACAAAUAUGGGUCGUAUCGUCUCGCGCACGAAGACGUUACAUCCACGGAUACAGCCACACCAGGCUUGCCUAACAUUCGCUGGCUUGGUGUAAAGAGUCACCACAUGAGUGGGGCUCCGCUAGACGAAGUGCACCCAGAGACAGGCACGAAGCCUCAGCUCCAAGGUCUGAUGAGACUGACAGCGCGCGACCGCAACAAAGCAGCGCGAAUGCUAGAGUGGAACCUGUGCGCAGAGGAGGGCCUCGAAAAGGGCUGGAGGCAGGAGCUACAGAAGAUGCUGAUGCUCAAUGUCAAAGCUGAGAUGCAAAUACUUGACGAAAUGCCAGGUGGAGUGGUGUCUUGGUUGAGCGACAGGCUCGGGCAGGCAACGGAGGUGGUGGGCGGGCAGCGGAUAGAUGGCGAAAGGCCAGACGACGGGAUGCUCUUUUGA